AGAUAAUUGUAAACAUGUUCAUUAUAAUGUAAACAUGUUCAUUAAUGUUGGGGUCACGUGACUGUAGGCAGUCCUGCCAUCAUAACAAACAACUUUUACUGCAGAUGAGUUUGAGAGCUUCGCGUCUCCUGUCGUGUUUGUAGUUCAGGUCGCUAGUUUCUGUCAUUGAUCAGAAAGUGCAUUAGUAACGGUAACUGUGGAUUUAAUCUCCCUCAUCCAGAGCUCUGCUUUUACGCGAAUGGAACAUGACCAUGACACCAGCUGCAUGUGAUUUUGGGCUGCUGGGAGGGCAGGAGGAGGACAUGAAACCUCAGGCGGCAGUAAUUCGGCGGAACCUCUUUGGCCCUGUGGACCACCAGCAGUUGCAGCAGGACUUCCAGAGGCUGUUCUGCAUGAGCGUGGAGAACGCCAAACAGCGCUGGAACUUUGACUUUCAGAGGGACCAGCCUGUCCCCGGAUGCGUUGAGUGGGAAGAGCUGCGGUGCCAGGACGUGCCAGCGUUCUACCAUAGCUGCGUGGUCAGGCCCGGUAUGACGAAGCAAAUGGUGGAAGCAGCUGUUGGAGGAGGAUCCUUCGCUCGUUCCUCUCCAGCUUUGGCCACAGAGAAAUAUAUGGAGCUUCUGACCAGAGGAACUUUGAGGGGAACCAAGCCAGAGAAAAGAAUCAAACGCAAACAAGCAAACAUCACAGACUUUUUCAGAGUGACAAAAAGAAGAUUUCUUCAUCACAAAGCUUCACCAGGACAGUAAACAUUCAUUGGACUUUUUUUUUUGUAUAAAUGUACAUACAAUAUCUGCACAUGUAGCUCUUCUAACUGACCAGCAAAUAAGGCUAAUAAUAGGAUAUAUAUAUAUAUCCUAUCUCACUAAAUGCAGUACCUAUUAAAAACCUUAACCUCUUGUACUUCUCAGAUUUUAUUGUUAAAACAUGGAAUUAUGACCAUUUUAAUUGAGAACCAAUUUCAGAUCUUAUAGUACAUUUGAAUAAUUACAAGCAAUUGAAUGAGAAUUCACUUUCUUGCUAAAUCAACCAAAUACAUUUUGAAUUCAUUACUAAGCAAAAAAUUUUAAUAUAUAAAUUUUAUUCCAUGUUGUUAUACAGUAAAUUUUGAAAACGUUAGGAAUGCUCUGUAUAAACAGUGCGUUUUUUAUUUUUUAUUGUGCACUGAAUAUACAUAUAUACAUACCU